UGACAUUCUCUUUCAACGUUACUCGUAAACUUAAAAUGACGAAAGUUCGUGUUCUGUCAUCGCAUUCUGUGUUGUAUCUUAACUAUCUUGGUAAGUAGUUACUAUAUCGGAACUGUUGUUUUCAGCAAACUUUGAUGCACAAACUGUUCUAUCUGCUCUCUGUCAAUUGAGCGAGAGUUAUUUGUCCGUAAUUGGAGCAUUAAUUUCCUCACAACUCAACGUGACUUUCGACAGUUUAUGUACGAACGUAAAGUAUGGCUCGGCCAUGAGAAGAACAAUGUAAAAUCCAUGCUGUUAUCCAACUUCACGUACGAGUGCUAUUAAUAUAGAACGUUACCAGUUAGGCAAUAGUACCGGAAUGGAAAACACACUCCUGCUUGUUGUCUGUGCUACACACACCUGUUGCACUUGAACAAUCCCAAUUUGUACAGACAUAGAAAUAAUGGUAAUUUACGUUAUUUAAGGAAUCAAGGAACGUAUUCUAUUCGGCAACUCAGUAAAUAUGAUAAGAAAUGAAGAUAGGUAUUCAGCAAGUCAGCAAAUAAGGAGAACAUCUGCUAUAAAAAUUAGUCAUGACCACACUUCAGUAUUUAUGAGGUGCUUACUACUUAUUUUCUCUGCACAGAGAAUAUGAGAAGCAAUGAUCCGUGCAAGACUGUGAAAUACAAGCCAUACACGAAAGAGGGGCCAUACCUGGAUAACGAAGUAAAUGAAAUAGUUGUUGUCAGUAAUGCAGCGUCGGAAAGUGUCGAGUAUGGAACCGGAACUUUAACCGCUAAUGGGCCACGCGUAAUCCCGGGCAUCAUAACCUCCAUAGCCACGGAGCGGGUGCGACUAGUGUCGGAAGAACGACCAAAUGCGAACAGUGUACGACUCCAAGCACCUUCUCCACUUUGUUCUGCCAAAUCAUCGGAAAACUUAAAUCUCAAAUCAGCAUCAAGGCAAAGCCUUUUGGAAACUUUGACGAGUAAGUUUCACACGGGAGACAUGAAACGGAGAUCACGUGACUCUGUGGCUUUCGUGAAUAAAGCCCACAUAAACUUCGAGUUAGAAGUUUCUCGAAAGACAAGAGAACAACGAAGAAAAGAGAUCAAGCGAGAAUUUGAAAAGUUGGACACUUCUAGCGCCGGUAGUGAUAGAAAUGGAUGUAACUGGACUUUUGUUUUUGAUCCAUCGGGCAGACUCUGCUAUUACUGGUCUAUGAUUGUGAGCGUUGCUUUCCUCUACAAUUUCUGGGUAAUAAUCUAUCGUUUUUCCUUCCAGGAAAUUAACAAAGACACUCUAGUGGCCUGGUUUACUUUGGAUUACAUCGCGGAUUUUCUUUAUAUACUAGAUAUCUGCUUCCACUUUCGUGCUGGUUAUCUGGAGGAAGGAGUACUACAAACUGAUCAUGAGAAACUUAGAAAACAUUACAUGAACUCUACCAUGUUUUACAUUGAUUGCCUGUGUUUACUUCCGUUAGACUUUCUCUAUCUGUCCAUUGGCUUUAACUCAAUUCUUCGAUGCCUCCGUCUUGUAAAGAUCUAUCGCUUCUGGGCUUUCCUCGAUCGAACAGAAAGACAUACCAACUAUCCAAAUGUCUUUCGUACUCUUUCGCUUAUUCACUACUUCCUUGUCAUAUUUCACUGGAAUGCUUGUCUUUUUCACAUCAUCUCCACAAAUGGUGGGUUUGGUUCGAGAGACUGGUUUAAUUCACGUGGUGAAAACUGCGUCGACGUCCUCUGUGAGUACCUUCACUCUUUCUACUGGAGUACGCUAGCUUGGACGACUGUGGGAGACCUUCCCCGGCCGAGGACUAGAGGAGAAUACAUGUUUCUUAUACUAGAACUGGUUUUUGGUUUAUUUUUCUUUGCUGCUGUCCUAGGUCACGUGGCUAAUAUUGUUACAAACGUCAGUGCUGCCAGAAAAGAGUUUCAAGCCAAAUUAGAUGCAGUCAAAACCUAUAUGCGCAUGCGCAGAGUUCCUGACCACCUACAAAACAAGGUAAUCAAGUGGUUUGACUAUUUAUGGAUGACACAAAAGUCAUCCGACGAAGAGAGAUCUGUGGGUUGCCUUCCAGAUAAACUUAAAGCUGAAAUAGCCAUUCACGUGCACUUAGAUACGCUUAAACGUGUGGAAAUCUUUCAGAAUACAGAAGCAGGGUUUCUCUGCGAGCUGGUGUUGAGAUUAAGACCCGUGCUCUUCAGUCCAGGAGACUACAUAUGUAGGAAAGGAGAAGUAGGAAAAGAAAUGUUCAUUGUUAACCAUGGACGACUUCAGGUUGUCACUGACAACGGCAAAACGGUACUAGCUACGCUCCGUGCAGGGAGUUACUUUGGUGAAAUAAGUAUUCUUAAUAUGGGCACUGCUGGAAAUCGCAGGACGGCUUCUGUACGCUCUGUUGGUUAUUCUGACCUUUUCUGCCUAUACAAACACGAUAUGUGGGACGUUCUCAAAGACUAUCCGGCGGCUCGUGUCAGGCUGGAGGCCAUCGCUGUCAAAAGGUUAGAAAAAUACAGAAAAGAUCCCCUCAGAAAAAGACAAGUCACGCCGUCGGAAAGAUUCCAAGAACCCACAAGCCUCGAACAAGAACAAACAGGAUUGGCUACCGUUUUUCUUAUAAAAGAUGUUGCCAUGGGAAGAAGUAGAAGCACUCCUGGACUGGUCGAAUCCCGCGGCAGAGUUUCCCUUGAAGAAAUGCAAGUAGAUCCACGUGAUCCCUCCGCUUCUACGUCAUACCUCCUAGCGGAUGAUGUUCCUCAGAAAAUGACCGAAAUUCUUGUUCCUUCAUGUUCAGCAAGCAAAGCUAGUAGCAGGAAAAUAAGUAAUGUAGAAACAUGUAACAAAACUUUUACCCAAUACGAGUCCUUGGGGCCAAUACCUUCAAUUAUUUAUAUUCCUCAGUCCCCGAGAGCAACUUCUAACUGUUCUUUUACCACUGAUGAUUCUAAAGAUAAAAAACAAGGACUAGAAGGGAUAUCUCACUCCAAACUACUUUGUCUCCGCCCAACCUCUUCCUAUUUUGCCCAUUCCCCAGCUUUCAACAUGCUAAAUGGAUCUCUAAUGACAGACUGCUCAGCGCUCAGCUCCACUAGCGCAGACCAAGUGUUCUUUGGUGGUCCUCCAUCGCACUCGAGCCACCUUUCUGUUCCUUCGCCAAUCGCAGGAGGCAGUGGAAGUGCAAGUCCUAUCAGCAUCCAUACUUCCGGUGAAUACCAUCAGGACAUGUUAUUGUCAGAAAUCAAACAUCUCCGUGAACGGCUUCUAGCAUUAGAAGCUGAGAAUGCUUCAAUGAGCAGGAAACAUAGCCAGCCACAAUGGGAAGUAGAAAACAGGCUCGCUGAGAUUGAACUUCAGAUCUAUAGCGCCAGUAGCACUAGUGUUGACGACAGCGAGAGAAAUCGAGAAUCUGCCAUAUAAAUUGUGAUAAUGUAUUCGGUAUUUUGCCUAAGCUUUUAUAACAUAUUUACAAAUGUAUAUUUGUAUAAUCCCCUGUGGGAUUAUAAAUUUUCAACCUAGCGUAUGAUCUAUAGAAUACCAACCUCUGCCGGCCUCAUGGUUCAUUUUUUUUUACUUCCAAGGAAAAAAAAUAGUUUCAGCCAUAAGGUUAAUGAUAAUUCUCCAGAAAAUCAUAGAGUAUCAACAGUUUUUUAAACAAUGCCUCGUUAUUCACAUAUCUUCUAAAAUGAUUUAUAAUAUAUAUGCUACAUUAUAAUAUAUGAUAUAUAUUUUAUGAUAUAGUAGAAAAAACUGACAUCUUUCGGUUGUAUAUCAUUAUAUUUUUCUCUAUUUCUUUUUUUUAUAUUUUGAUGUAACUACAGUUCAUAAUUGCUUAUCAUAUUAUCUGUCAACUAAUGUUGUGAGGGCUACUUUUUAUGAAAUCACAAAUGAAAUUCUAUUAAUACAAAUUUUAUUUCCUUUAGUGCACUAAUGAUACAUGAACCGAACACACAAUUCGAAUAUAGUGUUUUGACAUAUGCAUUACAUUUCAGGUGUCCGAUGAAAACAAAAAUAUCUCAGAUAAUUGAUGAGGUGGAAAAACAUGUUACAAUGUGUAAAUAGAACCUAAUUUUCAACAAAUUCCUGUAAGAUACAUAUGAUAUGAAAAUAUAUAACAUUAAAAGAAAAGUAACAUUUCUCCAUAUAAAUACUAAUUCAUUUAUUAAUACCUCCUUUUUGGGAAUAUGGAACGAGACCUAUUGGUUACCGUGUUUGCCAGUAUAUCAAAGGGUUUACGAUUUAUUCUUUUAGUUGUGGGUGUGUUAUAAGAGCGACAGCAAUUCCGUUACUCUAUUUCAAAGCCGGACAAAGCCAUAGUAGCGAUGGGACUGUUAAAAGGCUGAUUUCCCAAACAGAAAAACCUAUAGCUGAAUCCUAGGGAUCUUUGACAUGUCCGUUAGUCCCUGUAUCGUUUGGUCAAUAAUUCAAAAUUAGAUAUGGUUAUAGCUGAAUUCUACGGGUCUCUUAUCUGUCCGUUAGCCCCUAUAUCGUUUGGUCAGUAGUUCUAAAUUAGAGAUGGCUAUAGCUGAAUCCUAGGGGUUUCUGACCUGGCCGUUAGCACAUGUAUCGUAUAAGAUGCCAUUCAGGUGAAAAUUGCAAUACCAAGUUUUCAGCACCGUUACUGAAGCCCUUGUCGGACAAAAGGUUACAUUCAGCAACUCACUAUUUAUAUAUCAUCUUGCCAGACAAAGGAUCCAGGAACUUGCUAACAAAUAAAUUAGUAUUUAUUUAAGAAAUGCCCUGGUUCUCCUUAACGUUAAUAUCAUAAAACUAUUAAUCUGUACAAAGUUCAACAUUCACAAGAUUUAUUCUA